AAGAUGAACCUCCUUCACUCCCCCCCAGCUAGUACUAGCUAGCGGCAGUCAGAAGGACUGAGAGGAGGAGCUGUCCUGCUCUCUCUCUCUUUCUCUCUCUUUCCUUCGCUCCUUCGUUCCUUCGUAAGCAGGAACUUUUGGUUUCGAAGAGAAAAAAUCAAAAGAAAACGCGGCGCCAACAUGAGGUGGGCAGUGCUCGCUCUCUUCCUAGUACUAGGCCUCCUGUGUCGCCAGUCGUCUUCCGUCCACGUCCCGACGAAGGAGAGUCUGUGCGGCCUCAUCGUCGACACCAGCUACCAGGACAGGUGCCUGCAGUGCUUCACGGAGGCAGGACCUCUGGAGGAAAAUCCUGAAGGGUUUCGCCAAUGCGUAGCUACGUAUCUGCCACCACUGACUGCUGAGUGCGCUGUUCCGCAUCCAAACACCCGGAAAGUAGCCCGCAUAGAGCAGUACAAGCCAGAAGUCCACCACAACCACACGAAUGCCAACCUCCUGCCUAACUGUCUGAAAAGGAGGAUGAGGGAUCUGUCGCGCUACCUGAAGAAAGAGAACCGGUUCGCUCAGCAGGCAGGGAUGAUCGUGAAGACGGUGGUCGAGUCUAGCCUGAUCCCAUCAGGUGGAAUGAACAUGUUAAACAUCAUGUCUCAGAGAUACAUCCUCUGCCUUCCCGCCGUCAAGGACUUAGUCAUGUUUGGCGCGCAGUCGUGCCUGGAAGGAUACGAUUAUUCCUGCGAAUCGCAAAGAAGUUCCUUAGGCGACGACUCCCUCGAGAGUGACGAAGAAGAAGAAGAAGAAGGAGACGGAGACUCAAAAGCCUUCUCGGAGGACGAUGAAUCCGACGAGGAUUACGACUACGACGACGACGAAGCGUCAAAAGGAACAACUGGGAAAGAGCUAUGAAGGUCUUGAUCCGACUCCCUCGUCAAAAAUGAUGUUGACAGUGAGGAGGAGCUACGAGCAAGGCCACCCACCAAAGGCAACGGCCUUCCCUAUGGAGGCACGAACGAACUCUCGCAGGAGAUGAUAGUUGGGAAAUGCAUCAUAGAUACGUUGAACGAGAAGAAGUUGACGAUCCAUCUCAUCAGUGUCAUCGCCCAAGAUGAGUUCUUCCAUCCGAUUCCUAACAUGUGGGUCGAACCCAUCCUGAGAUUCUACAAGGCGUACCGAGAAGAGCUGGAGAACGAGGAGAGUGGGCGAUGAUGACGCACCCACCCGGCUUACGAUACCACCCACCGUAAAUCAGUGGAUGGUGACAGCCACCAGCUUACGAUACCACCCACCAUAAUCUAGAGUAUUAAAAUGAAAUAUGUAUCUUGUGUAAUGAUAACUCGGUGUGAUGAUAACUCUGUAAAAUGAUGAAUAAACAUGAAGUUUCGUAUUUGUAUACGAGGCGAUCGUAUAUAUCGGUUUCUCAACAUUUUAAUAUUAUACGCUUGGAAAAGGGCCGUAAAUCACGCGAUGCUUUUUUGGGGCUGCACUAUAAAGAACUGUUGUUAAUAUAUAAUGCUAAUUCAUGUGUUUAAAUUGACAUUCCGUGUUACUGGCCUUAUCAACGUUGGCCGACUGGAGCUGAGUCCACUAUCAGUUCUCGAUAAAGAUGAAAGACGGAGAUAAAAAGGUACCUUAAACUAAGACAGAAUUGUAUGUUUCCCAAUAAUCCUCAUAUGUAAAUCAUGCAACAAUAAAUAGAAAAAAACAA